CGUACAUCGCUACACAUACCUUCCCUACUCGUUUCUUUUCUCUUCUUCUCUCCUUGGCCGGCAACUUUCACCUCGUGGGUAAUCAUUGAAGAGUCAUCAGGGUAGUGGGACGGGUUGUUACAGUAUGAGCGGCGGAGAAAAGAACGAGAACCAUGAGGAUGUGAAAAAGAAACCCACGAAGGGGGAAAAGCGCCGGGGCCGAAGUCCGUCCAAAAGGGAACCAAUCGUUGACAUUGAAGAUAUUAUGUUCAGCAUAGAUAAAGUUCAGACAAUGAGGUCAUCGCUAUUGGAUUGGUACGACCUUAGCCAUAGGGACCUUCCUUGGAGGAGGUUGGACAAAGGGCAGCCUGAAACACGGGGUUAUGGUGUGUGGGUAUCAGAAAUAAUGCUGCAGCAGACGAGAGUUCAGACCGUCGUUGAAUAUUACAAGCGUUGGAUGCAUAGAUGGCCCACCGUUCAACAUCUCUCUCGUGCUUCUCUCGAGGAGGUGAAUGAAAUGUGGGCAGGCUUGGGAUACUAUAGACGAGCUCGUUUUCUCCUAGAGGGUGCAAAGUUGAUAGUCAAAGAAGGUGGCGAAUUUCCUAAAACGGUUCCUGACCUUCGAAAAAUUCCUGGAAUUGGAGAGUAUACAGCAGGCGCUAUUGCCUCCAUAGCAUUUGAUGAAGUGGUGCCUGUGGUUGAUGGUAAUGUGAUUCGGGUAAUCGCUCGAUUAAAGGCUAUUUCAGGAAAUCCAAAAGACUCGAAGUUGGUUAAGCAAGUUUGGAAGGCAGCUGCUCAAUUAGUUGAUCCUUCCAGGCCUGGGGACUUCAAUCAGGCACUCAUGGAGCUUGGUGCAACUUUAUGCACACCAACAAGCCCAAGCUGCUCAACAUGCCCUGUGUUUGACCACUGUGAGGCCCUUUCAAUCUCAAAGGAUGAUAGUUCAGUUCUUGUCACAGAUUAUCCCGCUAAGGGGAUAAAAACCAAACAAAGACAUGAUUACUCUGCUGUUUGUGUGGUUGAGAUGUUGGAAAAUCGGGGCACAUCUGAGUUGAAGCAAUGUAGUAGAUUUCUUCUUGUAAAGAGGCCUGAUGAAGGCUUGCUUGCUGGCCUAUGGGAGUUCCCAUCUGUCUUGUUGAAUGGAGAAGCUGAUUCAAGUACAAGGAGAGAAUCCAUUAACAGCCUCUUGAGUAAAUCCUUUGGACUUGAACCAAAAAAGAAUUUUGAAAUCGUUAUUAGAGAAGAUGUUGGAGAUUUUGUCCAUGUUUUCUCGCACAUCCGUCUCAAGAUAUAUGUUGAACACUUGGUGUUACGUUUAAAAGGUGAAGGUAGCAAGCUGUUUCGGAAACAGGAGAAGAAAUCUAUAUCAUGGAAAUGUGUGGACAACAAGGUUAUGUCGAGCAUGGGGUUGACGUCCAGUGUGAGGAAGGUGUAUGACAUGGUGGAGAAAUUUGAGGCAGAGAUGAUAUCUCCUAGCCGUGCAGUAGCCACAAAAAAACAGAGGGCUACUUCAACAAACUUGAGCUGCAGGAGCUGUUGACCUUAAUCAAAGUAAGCUAAUAUAUCCA